AUGAGCAAAAGUGAAUUGAUCUACCCCAAUAAUUUCAAUGCCGAUCUUAAUAAUAUUUUUUUGAAUAUCGCAGCAGCCGCUUAAAUGAAUUUGCCCGAGUUAGGAUCUUUGAAGCGCAACAAAAGCGAUAGAGUUUAUCUUCCAUCUGAACCAUCUAAAAAAAUCAAGAGCUAUUUCAAUGCAUGCAAUUAUUCACUUGAAAACAUUGAAAACCAAAGCAGCAGUUUAAAUAAUUCUUCUUUAGACCAAUCUGCUGAUUCAAGCAGCGAAAAUUACGAAAGUGACAACUCCUGCAAACACGACAGCACUUCUUCCAUCAACAAUUAAAUCGAAGAAAACAUUGCCUGCAACUAAAUAAAUAUUUUAUAAGAAGAAGAAUACCAACAAAACGCUCCUAUCAAACUUAAAAGCGAUAUACUCUUUUCAGUUGAUGGCCACUGCAUUAAUUACGAAGACAGAAACAACAGUAACGUUUUUUCAGAAGAAAACUAAAACGUAUCUAUGAUAAUUGGUUAUCUCUGCCUUACCUUUGCAGCAGUCUUUUUCACCUCCACUCUCUUUUCUAUCUUCUUCGCACCCUUCCUCCAACCUACUACUCACAAUUUAAUAGAUUUCUUAACAAAUGACAAAUAUUAUUGCUUCUUAAUCCCUCUUAGUUUACCUGUAACAUGCAUUAUUAUUUACAUGAACUGGGUCUCCAUGAAGUACUUCAAGCACUCUUGA